GUCAAAAUAAAGAAAAAUUGAGUGAUCGCACAAAUCGAGAAGUAGUAAUUUUUCCUUUUAUCUACAUUCUAUCACUCAUCUUUCUUCCCUUUUCCAUAAUCUACAGAUAAUAUGUACAGUAACAGUGAGAUUGUACCUAGAACAAAGAAGGAAAAAUCUUGUUAAAAUUCACAAUUCAGCUUUCAAGUAACAUCAAUGGGUUCACUUACUACAAAUACUACUAUUGCCACUGCCUGUAGGAAAUUUGGUGAUCCAAACUGUUCACCAAGGUCCCCUAUAUUGUGCUCUGGGUUUAAAAACAAUGUAAGAGCAUUUGCAAGUCAAAAGUCGGUUAAGAAAUCAAGAAAAAAAGGGAAAACAGAGAAAACGGAUGCUGCAAUACCCGAUAAGUAUCUGUUAAGUGAUGAUGUUAAUCCAGAUUAUGUUGAAGAUAGAAAGAAUACAUCUCCUCUUGACACUUCAAAUGCUGAGACUUCUGUGCUGAUGAUCCCAUCUAGAGGUUCUGUGCUUCAGGCAUGCAUAAUCACUUCUGGUUUAAUCGGUCUUGUAGGUGUUGUAAUUAGAGAGGUUUCUCAUGUUGCAUCAGCAGGAGGAUUGCCAAUUGUUGACUGCUCUGUUGAAAUAUCAUUGUCUUUCCAGAUGUGGCAUCUUCAGUUGAUUACGGGAUUGGUCACAUUGGUAUCCUCUUGUCGGUACUUACUGCUGAAGAUAUGGCCAGAUUUUGCCGAGUCUAGUGAAGCAGCAAAUGGCCAGGUCUUGAGUUCACUUGAGCCUUUGGAUUACAUAGUGGUGUCACUUCUUCCAGGCAUUAGUGAGGAGAUUCUUUUCCGUGGUGCAUUGCUACCAGUUUUUGGCAUCAAUUGGCAGAGUGUUGUGGCAGUUGCUUCCAUAUUUGGGAUAUUACACUUGGGCAGUGGUCGGAAAUACUCCUUUGCUGUCUGGGCCACAUUUGUUGGAAUUGCAUAUGGUUAUGCUACAAUUUUAUCAUCAACUGUUGUUGUGCCAAUGGCUGCUCAUGCUGUAAAUAACCUAGUAGGAGGCAUCAUAUGGCGCUACACAUCAAAUUCGUCAAAACAGAUGGCAUGCGUCACGACCAUUUGCGCAAAAGCCUGCUGUGACUGCAACAUAGAGGUGAUUCCCCCAGUGUGCACCCAGUGCUGUUCCGAAGACUGAUGAAUUUGCAAGUAAAAAAGAAUCAUUUUGGAAUUCUUUUGAUAUACCCCUUUUUACUUUUUAGAAUGGAAUAUGCUUACAAGAUCUGUCGAAGAUCUUUUCUUCAUUACUAAUAUAUAUGUCAUUUCUGAGUUAUUAUUGUUGAAGAACAUUGCAAAUUAUUACUUAUUCGGAACAACAAAAUAUUUCUGCAGUAUUAUGAGCUCCAA